AUGACGGCUGCGUCAAAUGUGCAAACCGAGAGGGUUAUACAAGAAGUACGACUUCGACCAUGUCUUUGGAAUCUCCGCGACAAUUCAUAUAAAAAUAAAGACGCGAAAUUAAAGGCAUGGAAAGAUGUUUGCGAAGUUGUUUGUCCGAAUUUCGGAGAUAGUUCAGGUGAAGAAAAAAAACAAAUCGAAAAAGCUGUUCAGUUAAGAUGGAAGACCGCCCGUGAUGCAUACAUGAAGUGUAGAGCAAAUCUUAAGACAUCGAAGUCCGGUUCUGCAGGGGGUGUCAAAAAGAAGUAUAUUUUUUUCGAUAUAAUGACGUUUUUGGAAGACACAAAGGACUUUGAACCCACACAUGAAAGUAUGGCUUUAACAUCGUCGCAGACCUCCCAAAAUGUUGCUUCAACGUCAUCGCAAAACUCGCAAAGUAUUUUACCUAUUACCACGACCCCGGACUUGCCAUCAACAGAAGAAACAUUUCAGACACCUGUGCUGGCUUCUCCAAAACCGUGGCAGAGAAAAAAAAAGAGAUGUAUGACAGACUUUGAGUCACAAUUAUUGAAAAUAUUAGAAAAGAAUGAGACUUCCACCACAAACUUUGCGUCGUCUACGGCUCUUAAAGACGAUGACUGCAGUUUUUUUAAUUCUCUAGCACCCAUUAUAAACGAUUUCGAUAAUUAUAAAAAAUUGUUAUUCCGAACUAGAAUACUGGAGCUAGCUAUGGAAAUUAGAGGUCCAGCUAUGAACUCGCCCAGCACAUCUGCAUCAACCGCUACCAACGAUUUACCUCACUUAUCAGGGAGUGAUGUGGACGAGUCUUUAGAAAGCUGGCAACACGGUGAUUACACUGCAUUGUAA